CGCCACGUGAAUUUGUUUCCGCGUCUCCUGACCUCCUCAGACAGAGUAGUCAGCGAGAAGUAAAAGCUGAAUGGAACGAUAGGUUAUUUUAAUUUUAACAGUGUGUUUGAAAGGGGAGAGGUGUUUGGUGAAGAGUCGACAUGUUUGUGCUCAGAACGCUCCUCCUGCUGCUGCUGUGUGAAUACUCACUCGGUGCAUCUCGUUCAUUCACCAUAGACUACCAGAAUGACUGCUUUAAGAAAGAUGGCGAAGAGUUUCGUUACAUAUCAGGAAGCAUCCAUUACAGCAGAAUCCCCAGAGCCUAUUGGAAAGAUCGACUUCUCAAGAUGUACAUGGCCGGACUGAACGCCAUUCAGACGUACAUCCCUUGGAACUACCAUGAGAAGAUUCCAGGCCAGUAUAACUUUAGUGGAGACAGGGACUUGGAGUAUUUCCUUCAGCUGGCCCAUGACAUUGGUUUACUGGUAAUUCUUCGGCCCGGACCCUACAUAUGUGCAGAGUGGGACAUGGGUGGCUUGCCUGCCUGGCUUCUAAACAAGAAAGACAUUGUACUGCGGUCUUCAGAUCCAGAUUACCUUGGGGCAGUGGAUAAGUGGAUGGGGAAGUUGCUGCCCAUGAUGAGGCCUUUUCUCUACCAGAGCGGUGGUCCUAUUAUCACUGUGCAGGUAGAGAAUGAAUAUGGCAGUUACUUUGCGUGUGACUACAACUACAUGCGUCACUUGAAAAACCUAUUUCGGUCCCACUUGGGGGAGGAGGUGGUGCUUUUCACUACAGAUGGGCCGAAAGUUCACUUCCUCCAGUGUGGCUCAAUACAAGGUCUCUAUGCUACUGUUGACUUUGGGCCAGGUUCAAAUAUGACCGCUGCCUUUGAUGUACAGAGACAAGCCGAACCCCAUGGCCCUUUGGUUAACUCAGAAUUCUAUGUUGGCUGGCUGGACCACUGGGGCAAACAACACUAUGUUGUGUCUUCUACCAAAGUGGCCAUUUCGCUUAAUGCAAUCCUGGCCCAAAAGGCAAACGUCAACAUGUACAUGUUCAUAGGAGGAACAAAUUUUGGAUACUGGAAUGGUGCCAAUAGUCCAUAUUUACCACAGCCAACAAGUUACGACUAUGACGCCCCGCUAACAGAAGCAGGAGACCUCACAGAGAAAUAUUUUGUCAUUAGAGAGGUGAUCAAAAUGUAUCGGACAAUACCAGAGGGACCAGUACCUCCAACAACUCCAAAGUUUGCGUACGGACUUGUUAAAAUGAAGAAGCUCCAGACGGUGUCAGAUGCCUUAGAAAUCCUGUCUUUUUCCGGUCCUGUCAAGAGCACGUAUCCUCUGAAGUUCAUUGACCUGCAUCAGGCAUUUGGUUAUGUGCUUUACAGGACAAAGCUUCCAGUCACCUGCACCACACCGACCUCACUGUGGGUCCCUCUGGACGGGGUGCACGACCGAGCAUAUGUUUCAGUGGACGGGGUAGCAGCAGGGAUUCUUGAAAGGAACACUGUUCUAUCCAUCAAUGUAACUGGGAAGGCUGGGAGUCAGGUGGACAUAUUGGUGGAAAAUAUGGGCCGAAUCAACUAUGGAAGCCAGAUCAAUGACUUUAAGGGCUUGGUGUCCAACUUGACUCUGGGGACAGAAAUGCUCACAAAUUGGACCGUGUACAGUCUCAGUAUUGAUGCAGCAGUGAGCCACAAUCUGUUCAGCGCAACAAAACCCACACUAACAAAUACACAUCAGCCUGCUCCACCUUCUCUUCCAACCUUCUACAAGGGCACCUUCAUCAUUCCGGAUGGAAUUCCAGACCUUCCUCAGGACACUUACGUCAAACUGCCCAACUGGACAAAAGGGCAAAUUUGGAUCAACGGUUUCAACUUGGGGCGUUACUGGCCAAGUCGAGGUCCUCAGGUGACGCUUUUUGUUCCCACCACUAUCCUCAGCACAGUGGCACCAAACAAUGUGACUGUUUUAGAACUGGAAAAUGCUCCGUGCACCCCAGGACCUUGCACUGUGGAGUUUACUGCCACCCCUAUUUUGAAUGCCACAGUCAAGGAUGACGGCAUGCGGCACAGGGAGCCAUUUAUUAAAGAUGAUUUAUUGUAAUUAUGAAUUAAUUAUGUUUUGGGGGUAUUUUAUUGUUUUGUUUUCAUGACCAGAAUCAAUUUGCGCUUGUCACUGGGGCUAUGUCCCUACCAGCGCAUCUAAUGGACUAUAGUGUAUUGAAUUUCAACAGCUGACCUGAUAAAAGUGGUUAAACCAAUGCUGCAUGGUGGAUAUUUUCUGGAAAUUGUGUAUAAGUAAAAAGUCUUGAAAAGGGAAGGAAUAUAUUUUAACAAAUCAACGUUUUUGCUUUUUAAUCCAUUAUGUCAAUACUGUAUUGAGUCUGUUCCUUACUGAGGAAUUACUGAUUUUAUCUAAAAUUUCUUGCAACUGUUUUCUUACUGUU